UCUACAAAAGAGAGGUUGAAACCCUGAAAAAGGCUUCUCUGAGAUCUCUUCAGUCUGUGCAUUCUUGGACAGACUGGCUUCUGUUUUAAUAAGGGAUUCUUUCAGCUGUGGAGAGAAGUGUGAGAAUCCCCUGCAAACAAGAAGGUAUAGAGUAAACGAGCAAAGAAAUGAAGGGUAUAAGGUCCAUGCGAAAGGUAAACAACACCAUUCCAGCUCAGACUUGGUGUUCUUUUUAAAGGAUUGGGCACCAAGACACACCAGUCUUCAGUAGCAUAUGCUGCAGUGGGUGACCAUGUUUCGUCUGUGUUUCUCACUCUUCCUGUGUUUGGUUUGGCUUGGACUGCUCUGUCUCUCAGCUGAAUCAAGGGAAAAAAGGAGUGUGCCUAACUGGGCGCUGACAUCUUCAGACUUUUUUGCCUGGAUUGAAGAGCUGCGUUCUCACGCUGGCUAUGACAAGAUUGAGGAAUUGGCCAGAACCUUCUGGGCUCACUUCCCUUCCGCCAGCCGCCUGGGUUAUGACCCUCCUUCUCCAGAAGAAUAAUGCCAACCGAGUUUGAGUCUGUGUUUUGGAGACCAUUUGCCCCUUUCAUUAUGGCACAUCUCUUGGAAAAGGAGACAAACAGUCUUAUUAUUUAGCAACUUGAUUUGAGCCAGGGCAAGAUACCCAGAGAAAAGUUCAUUUUAUUUUUUUGUUUAAAAGUUACAUAAAACCCCUUAUGUAAUGGCAUCCAAAAUCCAGUAAAAGUAUCUUACUCACAAACUCUUUUAUAGACAAAAAACUUGCUGCUCCUGAUUCUUCUUUAAAAUAAAUGCACAUUCUGGAUUUGUACUUGCUGCAAAAUAAAUAAUAAACAGUAUAACAAUAUAAAUGUAUGCUACACACAGGUAUGGUAGAUGGCUAUAUAACUAUUAUUGAGUAGCACGCAGGUGUGCUGUUAUCAGUGGGAAUGCAGUCCAGGUGCACAGAGAUGACCUCUGAAUGAGGAUCAUUCCCCUUGGGACAAGUACAGUACAUGCAGGAACACGUUUGACUGUAACAAAAUCACUCCAUUAUAACAUCACGUGUAAACAUUUAGAAAAUACAAAGAAAUAUAAACACAUAUCAUAAAAGCAAAUGUUUCAGUGAUUCUCUUUUUACUUUGAACUUUAUUUGGCUUGUUUUGGAUAUUAUCUUAUUUUGUUGGUAACAUUUUUCUAUCCAUUUACAAUAGUUUAAAAAAAGGCUGAAAAUGUAUCAUUUAACAGACUAUCAGUGAACAUCCAGUGAAGUGAAAAGCUGUGUGUUUGUAAUAAACAAAUCCAUCCAUAUAUCUGUAGAUUUUGAUGUGAGAGGACAACAGGUGGUGGACUUUUUCACUAGAGGAAGUGCUAUUAUAGGUUAUUAGCUGAUGUUUUAGCUAGAAGUGAAUGUUAACAUGGCUUAAUUAUGAAUUUGUUUCUUAUAAACAAACAACUUUUCACUUCACAAGAAUUAAACUGAUUUAACUUUCAUUCCGAUGGCACCCAUUCACUGCA